AUGACCCAGAUCGCACCACAGAUCCUAGCUUUCACUAAAGCCUCUUCUUUAGCAGAAGAGAUGUUUAGGACUAUUGACCAACAAUCUGAGAUUAACCCAUUGAGUGAAGAAGGGCAAGUCCCCAUGACAUGCAUUGGCGACAUAAAAAUCGAGAACGUCAGUUUCGCGUAUCCUGCUAGGCCUGAUAUCACCGUCUUGAAUGGCCUGCAGCUAUCAGCUCCUGCUAACAAGACGACCGCGCUAGUCGGCGCAAGCGGAUCCAGGAAGUCUACCAUCAUUGGCCUUCUAAAACGAUGGUACAAUCAGUCAAGCGGCACAAUCUUUCUCGAUGGUAUUGAUAUCCAGGAGCUCAAAUUGCAUUGGCUGAGGACAAGUGUGCGAUUGGUGCAGCAAGAGCCAGUACUAUUUGCAGGAACAGUAUAUGACAACGUUGCUUACGGACUCUUUGGAACACCAAAGGUUGACCUUCCAGAGCCCGAACAGCGCGCACUGGUUGAAAAGGCCUGCAAGGAUGCAUAUGCUGUCGAGUUCAUCGAACGUCUGCCGAAGGGCUAUGAUACUGAACUUGGUGAGCGAGCAAUCAAUCUUUCUGGUGGACAGAAGCAAAGGCUUGCUAUUGCACGCAGCAUCGUCUCUGAGCCUAGGGUCCUUCUUCUGGACGAAGCUACAAGUGCACUGGAUCCUAAUGCUGAGAAGAUCGUACAGCAAGCCCUCGAUCGGGUAUCGAAGAAUCGAACGACAAUCGUCAUUGCGCACAAAUUGUCUACGAUUCGUAAUGCAGACAACAUAGCUGUCAUGGCAGAUGGUGCUGUAGUUGAGCAAGGUACUCACAACGAUUUGCUUGCUCACAAUGGUGCUCACUCUCGCCUUGUAAGGGCGCAAGAUCUUGGCGAUGCCGGUGCCGAAGAUGACGAGAGCAUGAGAGAGAAAGAAGGCGACACCAGAAUGGAGCUUGUCCGAACGCAGACGCAGACGUCUGAGGCACCUCUACAAAAUGAGCCGCGUCUACUCCUUUUAGACGAAGCUACGUCCGCACUUGACACGGAAUCCGAGAAGAUUGUACAAGCUGCACUCGAGAAAGCGAAGAGCGGUCGCACCACCAUCGCAGUUGCCCAUCGUCUGAGCACUAUUAAAGACGCUGACUGCAUCAUCGUAUUUGUGAGAGGGAUGAUUGUCGAAAGCGGCACACACAAAUACUUGCUGGCGAAGCGUGGUGUCUACUAUGAGAUGAGCCUAGGGCAGAGCCUCAACAAGCAGAUACUGACCUAA